GGUAUCCCGCAUGGGGUCGUGUUAACGCAUUCGCCCGACGAGAUCAACCGGGACAAGACUGGGAACCCCACCGUCGGACCUAGAUAUGGUUGUGACUUUUGCGGAAAGACGUUUAGUCGACCGAGCAGCUUGAAGAUCCAUAUUUAUACCCAUACUGGCGAGAAACCCUAUGUUUGCAAUUGGCCACACUGCCAUCGCCAAUUCUCGGUCCAGUCCAACCUGAAACGCCAUGCCAAGGUGCAU